AUGGAUCCUCCUCCCACACACAUCAGUCGGCUUUGGGAGAUCUACCCGUUGGCGACUGGCUUGUUUUCAACUUCUUCUUCCCCCGAGCUCCUGACCAAGACCGCGAGGCAUCGGUCAUCGGCUCCAGCGUGUCUCGCCGAUCGCGAGGGUAUUCGUCCAGCGCAUCUGCUAGCUUUUCUCGGCGGCGGCGGCGGCGCCGCCGCGUCUCUCCAGGCUCAGCCUGGCAAGCUCUUGUUGCCCGCCGACUGCGAAAUUCAAGGGCCCCUGAGCAAUAAAGGCGCUUGGGGGCGCACUAAACACCGCCAGCGCGAUCCGCCUGGAAAACUGACACCUGCGUACGCUCGGCCUCAACCCCCGUGCUUCCCCUUCUUGCUACAACGAAGUAUUUGGACGCUUUUUCGUAAGGCCUCGGUCCGGUUCGUCGUACGAAGGCGACGGCAGCGUGGAUGA